CACUUUGCUGUUAGGAUGAAAAGCAGGUUUGCAAAUGAGGAAGGAAACAGGCUACUCUUCUUUAUGUACAAUAAACAGUGCUACAUGAUAUUUAAUUAUACCUGUCAUUUUAACUAAUUUUAUUUAGAUGCAUAAAUUGAAGAAUGUUUUACACAUUAUAGACUUGUUGGGUGGUUCAUUUAAUUUUUUUUAUUUGUUGAUGUUAACUGAUUUACUUGAAACCACAGUCCAGGAAAGGGUUAACCUCCAAUAUUACUGUGUCAGAAAACAUUUGCUUAAUAGUAAAGGUGCACGAGAUCAUUCUAGACUUCUGCUUUUCUUUGAGUGACAGACUGUACUGCUGUAGGUAAGUCUUCUCUGUCAAAUAGUUUUGUAUUCAGUUUAUGAGUUAUUAAAAAAUGCUCACCUUGUAGGUAAUAGAUGAGAAUGCAUAUAAAAAAUUCAAAUUAGGGGACAUAAACACAUUUUAAGUGUCUAAAAAUUUGUAGCAUCCAUGUGUCACUCUAGAAUGCAUUCACAGAUUGAGAACUCAAGUGUUUUUAUGUGUUCUUAGAACAUUUGAGAUGUCUGUCUUUAGAUUUGUGCCUUUUCUGUUCUUCACAUCUAAGCUGUUAGAUUCAUCCUCAGAAAUGCCUACAUAUAAUGCAGUAUUGCCCAAGAAUAUAACAGCACUGAGCCGUUCUUGUGUGCAGAUACCUUGUAAAUUCAGCGUGUCUGAUUUUGAAAACAAAUUGAAGAAGGCAGACAGUACAUUUGCUUGCUGGCUAAUGAAGACACAACAUUUUGACCUAGACAAACCAGACAACAUAGUUUUCAAUGGUAGUCAAAAAAUCAUCAGAGGAUUUAGUCAUAUAGAGAUGCUUGGAAAUGUUAGUCGGCAUGAAUGCACCACUGUUUUCUAUGACAUCAGGAAGAAUCAUUCAGACAAGUACUACUUCAGACUGCAAAUGGAGCCAAAUAAUGUUUUCAGAGCAACAUUUGCAGACAGUCCAGUCAACAUUGUUGUCUCAGAUGUGCCAAUGCCACCUGAACUUAAACCCAAAGAUUUACAGGAAGUGAUGGAGGGCACAACAGUCAAUGUUAGCUGCUCUGCUGAAGCCCCCUGUCCCAAACAACCUCCUACACUAUCCUGGUCAAACAUCACCAAAUCUGCCAUCAUUACAACACAGUUACAGGAGAAACCUUAUAAAACCCAGUCAGUGUUUUCCCAAAUGACCUUCAAUGCUUCUUACGUGGAUCACAGAAAGAACAUCUCCUGCACUGUUACAUAUCCAAGAAAUACAUCUAAUGACACAACUGUGGAGACCAACAUGAUGCUGCGAGUUCUGUUUCCUCCAAAGGAAACUCAUAUCAUCAUCAAGCCAUCUGCUUCAGUCUCUGUUGGCACUAAUGUGACUUUGACCUGCAGAAGCAAAGCCAGUCCAUCAAAUGACAUGAACUACACCUGGUACAAACGUGGAGAGCAGAAACAUCUAGAUUUUGGAGAGCAAAUGACCUGAAAUGCAAGUAUAACCAGUGGAGGCUGGUAUUUCUGCAUGGCAAAGAACAAACAUGGAUCCCAGAAGUCACAAGAGGUCCAGCUGAUCAUGGAAGGACCAUCCGAAACGUUCAUACCUUUGAUCGCAGGCUGUGUCGGAGGAGUUUCAGCUUUACUCAUGUUGUUUUUACUGGCAAUGAUUUUCAGAAGAUUACUUCGAGCAAAGGCAUCCAAUAAAUCCAUUGUUUUGGAAUCUGACCUCUCAAAUCAGGACCAGAAAAAAAAAUUGCAGAUCAGCUCGAUUUAUGCCAAUAGUGCUUUCAUGACAAGUGAGGAGCGAGAGAUGCCAAAAGAUGAGAAUGAUGAAAUCCACUAUGUAGAGAUUGACUUUCCAAACCUCAAAACCAACUGCACCCCAGAGAAAAGCUCAGAUGAAGAGACUGUAUAUGCCUUGGUUUACAGCACAGAGAAAAAGAUUAACCAGAAUUAGUCUGCAUCAGAUAAACAUAGGUUAUGAAUGAACAGUAGUAUGUUCUGUCAGAUUACAAUUGUCUAAUAUGAAUUUUGUGCAAGUGUAUUGUAGGAAGAUAAUUUUUAGCAACUUUAGUUUCAUUUGUAUAAAAAUCUGAAUUUAAAUAGGAUUUUCAGUGUAUAGCACAAAACAUUUAUACUGUAUUUCCUAUCUGUGUAAUAUUGUUUGUUGUAUGUCUCACUGGGCUGAUAUAUUCAUUAUAUCCUUCUCUAGACAGAUUGUCACAUAUUUUGUGAAGCUAGUCUGUGAAGGCAUAAUGUUUGUCAUUUGGAACGCAGUGCCUGUCAAAAACAAAAUUCUUCCCGUUCAACAUUAAGGCACACUACAGACUUAAAGUGUGCAUUGAUAUAUGGCAGUCCUUAAAAUCACUCCUGAUAUAACACUUCUUGCUGAAACAAAUGCGCUCCCAGUAAAGACAUGACAUGUAAUUUGAUUUGUUUAAAAAUAAUCUUUCCAUGAAUGCAGGGGUGUACUUCUGUGCGAUUCAAGUUUAUUUACACGUGCAGUAUAUGUAUGUUUUAUAUCUACACAGGAUGCUGGAUACUAUUAGAGAUGUAAAAUGCAUAAAGCUUGUUUUAAGCCUUCGCCACUUAUCCUGUCAUUUUCCUUCUCUAAUUUGUUCUUAAUUUAUUCCACUGCUACUGUAUUUCCUGACACAGUCAGCAUCUGAGUGAUGAGGCCCUGCAUGUCUUUUAAAUGUAAUUGUAUAACUGUUUUGACCAAUGUCAGCAUUAUAGAAAAUAUUGUGUAGAUUAGUUUUAUAUAAAUGUGGCUAUUUAAAUAUGAUUGAUUAAUUUUAUUUUUCACAUUACAUUGGAGCCAGAAAAGAAGGGCUCUGGCAGAAAAAAAGAAAAGGGCUAAUGGAAGAGAUUUCAGCCAGAGCUUAUAGUGCCCUUAAACAGUGAAGUUAUUUGAAAUUGAGGAACACAAAAUGUGAACAAUAUUACCCUUGUAAUUAACUUGCUUCAAAGUUUUUAAUAGUAUAUAUUGUAUUUGCUGCACUGUCUUAAAUAAAGA